GAAUUUGUGGAGUUGGGUUCACAGCCUUUUCAGGGUUCUCUCUCGUACCUGAGAACUAAUGUGUUCAAUAUAUUUAAACUUAUGCCUGUGGUGAUUUUGAGUGGACAAUGAUGUUGAUCGUCGAGAGCUAGGAGAGAACACUGGGGCGAUGACCAGCCACCAACACGAUUAAUGGUAGUGCCAUUACCAUUUACCCGCCAUUUCCAAGAUAUUGACCGUACGAUGUACAAGAUCAUUGUGGGGUGAUUGGGAAUUCGAUAUAAUAUAAAAGUAUCGAAGAAGCUCUCCGUUUGAGUUAUCAUACAAGCCACUUCAAUUCAUCAUUCACCAUCAAAGCGAAGCUCAUUGCAAAGCAACUUAUCAUCCAUUAUUAUCGAGGCAGUGUCUAUCUACAUCAAAGCCUCCUCAGAAGAAGUAACUAGAAUCAGCUAUACUAUAAACUUUAGCUACAUAAGGUUCACACAUAUCCUUUCAUCAUACUUUACCCAAAUCCCACAUCACAUACACACAAACACAAGCACAUCAAAAUGUUAUUCUCAACCACCAAUAUCUUGAGCACCCUUGCUCUCCUCACCUCCGUCACCUCCGCCGCUCCCACCAGACGACAAACCUCUACCCCACCCAAGUCUUCAUCCAACCACUUCACACUGGUGGCAAACGUUACCUCAGGCGAUCUCGCCAUCAACAACUUCGUUGUCGAAUCCUACCAUACUGGAGCCGGAACUGCAUAUGCAGUACUUGCCGAAGACAACACCGAAGCCAAUCCCCGCAUUUUCUACAUCAACGGCACCGCCACCGAUGUUCGCUUCGGCAACUCCUCCACACUUUCCGAUGCCGGCAGCGGAUCCAACACUUUCCCCGAAUCCCUCACCAUCACACCUUCGGAUCCCGCAUCUUCGUCUUCCGGCCGUUCGACGGUGGAGAUUAACGCCGGCGUUGGUCAGCCUUAUGUAGGACUUACUGCAUCUCCUAUCCAAACCACUCAACUUCACGGAUACCAGGGAGAAACUUUCUACGCUUGUAACACUACGCUUCUAUACGGCCCUGCUAUUCAACUCUUCUACAGAGGAUAUAGCGAGGAGACCCCAGCUGGCUGUUCCGAUGUUGCACUGUUGCCUCAAUGUAGUGAGGGCAGUGGAUCAGAAGAUGUUUCCGCGGCAACGGUUAGCUGUUACGACAAUGUAGCUUCUAUCGACUGGAGUGUCUACAGCGCAUGAGAAAUGGGGACUGGUCGCUAUGAGAGAAGAUGAGACAGACAUAUGAUUUACGAGCGGCAUGUACGGUAAUGAGCAUUUAAUGGGCGCCUGGAAAAGGUUACAGGGAGUUUAUGAUACCACACCACUAUCGGGUACAAUCGAUGAAUAGAUUACUUAAUGAAGAAAAGAAUUAAUGACAAAGGUUGAGAAAUUUUACAAUGAUAUUUGACUUUCCA